AGAUGACGAUGACAUCAAUGAUGUUGCUUCUAUGGCUGGAGUUAACCUUAAUGAAGAGAGUGCCCGAAUUAUGGCAGCCAACUCUGACUUGGUUGGAACCCAGAUACAGUCUUGUAAAGAUGAACCUUUUCUUGCUGCUAUCCCUUUACAUAAACGAAUACUAGAAAUGGCCAAAAAAUUAGGAAUUACAGACGUGCCUGCUGAGGUGAUUACCUUUAUUUCCCAUGCAACACAAAACCGAUUGAGAACAGUGAUAGAAAAAGUAACGAUGGUAACGCAGCACCGAAUGGAAUCACACAAAGACAAUGAAUGGUAUGAACAAGCUACAGAUGUUCGAUCACAACUGAAGUUUUUUGAACAGUUGGAACAUUUAGAAAAACAAAGGAAAGAUGAACAAGAAAGGGAAAUUUUGUUAAAGGCAGCCAAGAGUCGCUCAAGGCAAGAAGACCCAGAGCAAGCUAGACUGAAACAAAAAGCAAAAGAGAUGCAGCAACAAGAACUAGCACAGAUGAGGCAGAGGGAUGCCAACUUAACUGCAUUGGCAGCUAUUGGUCCACGGAAGAAACGGAAGCUUGAUUCACCUGGCUUACUUACCAUAGGUGGAGAGGUUUUGGGCAUGACCAGUGGAAGUCAGGCUGGUUUCGGGGCUCCUACAUCCAGGCAGUAUGCAAGACAGAAGGUAACUCGAGUAACCCUCAGGGACUUCAUCUUUUACAUGGAACAGGAAAGAGAAACUAGCCAUUCUCUCCUGCUCUACAGAGCUUUGCUUAAAUAAAGCCAAGAAUUGUAUUGGUUUCCUCACAGAGCUCAGCCUGCAUUGAAAAUUUGUAAUUUGAACGUGCCUUCUAUUUUUUUCAGAUAUCACUGUUCCAGUAGUUUGUUUUUGCAAAAUUGUCAGACACAUGCAAUAAAUCCCCCUUACAUAAAUUAAAGAAAGAAAUGAAAAUGUGCAAAAGGUUUUUAAGGAGAUAAAAUCUAUGGUUGUGAUCCAUGCUAAAAAAUUUUAUGGCAUUUGGCCAUUUUCAGAUGAGGGUACACAGAUUGGAUGAGAAGGCGUUUAUACCAGUUAAGGGCCUGAUUGCAAAUGCUUACAUGAGGCAUCCCAUUGAUGACACUGGGCAUCUUGCAAGAAGGGUUUGCAGGAUUGGGUUCAAGGGAUGCUGUUUGUUUUUAUUAGCUAUAUAUUCAAUUACAAUGCUAGCCUUUCCAUAACCUCCUAACUUUUCAUUGACUAACCAGAGUGAUGCCUGCUAUCAUUUUAGAUUACUUAUAAUUGCCAAUUUUUGCCCAGCUGAAAGAGGAGCUGUCCCACACUUGCACAAAUUUUAUAUAGUAAUGAUUUUUUGCUUUUAGUAUUUAUUUGCUGAUCUAAUUCCUGAGUGUAUGAAAUCUGUGCGUUCAGGUCCCAGCUGAGUUAUUUUGAUUAGCUUUCAGUUAUUUUCUAAAUCUGCUCAACCUUUUGCACGUUUGUAGCAGAUGCAGUAAAAUGAAUCUGAGUUGGCUUUUUAUUUAAAAAAAUUAUUUAUUGUGAAGAGUAUGGUCUAAUCGUGGUUUUAAAAGUGAGAGAAAGUAUUGUUUAAUAAAGAUUUUAGAGUAUUCUACGCAGAUUUUUAAAGUCAUUGCCAAAAAUAGUUGUCUUAUAGAGGGGCCAGUCAUACUCUCAUUGGAGUCAGUGGAGUGGUAUCAAGUCCUCAGGGCCCAAGCCUGCAAGGUUAUCAGGGUCAUCACAAGUCACUGGGAAUUGACCUCACCUUGCAUGAUCAGACCUUGAGCCCCCGAUCCAGAAUAUCACUUAAACGUGUGUAACCUUCCGCAUGCGAAUAGGUGUAAGUAUUUAAAGUUACACAUGUGUUUAAAUGCUUUGCUGGACUGGACCAUAAGUUACCAAAGCCAAUGAGAGUCUUCUUAAUAGGUCUUGGAUAAGGUACUUAGUAAGCAGGCGAAUACCAGUAUUAGUUCAGACAUAACAGUAUUAUCAAUAACAAUGGAAGGGAGACAUUUGCUUAUUUAUAUUUUCAAUUUUUCCUAUGUCGAUAUUUGCCACUUUUUGAGGCAGUAUUUUUUUUGGAUGAGAAACAAUAGUGAAAGCACAAAUAGAACUAUCUGUCCAAUAGAUUUAAAAACAGAAGUUUUAAUUAUAUUUUAAGGUUUGUUAAAAAGCAGAUCAAAAUUUAUACUGCUGCUAUUUAGCCAAAAGAGUAUUUGUAAUGUAUUUAAGGCCAGGAAGUGUAAAAUUAUGUUUUAAAUGUAUUGAUAAUUUGUACAUAUUGUUUAUAAACCCUGUGUUUAUUAGAAUUGUUAUUUUGAUGAUUUCUGUACAUAUUCGUAAAUGCCCCAAUUUCUGUGAAAGCAUACUUCCUUAUUUGUACUUAUUUUGUAAAGAAAUAAAACAGUUUACUAAAGUAACAUUUGAGUGACAUACAGUAUUAAUUUAUCAAACAUUAAUUUCAGUUUCACAUUGUCUUGUAGUUUAUAAGCACUGGUCAAAAACAUUUUGCAUUAAAAUAUUAACAAUACCCACAAAGAAAUACUAAAACUGAGUAUUUAAUGUUCUGCUGUGCUGAUUCUAAUUCUUUGUCAAACAUCUAAUAAAACUGUCAACAAACCUUGAUGCUAUUAAAUACAGCCAGUGAAUGUACUCAACAUUUGCUUUGUUAAAAAUUUGACCAAUAAGCACAACAUAACAUUUUCCUUUCACUUUUUUGUCAGACUUGAGAGCACAGUGGUACAGAACAGUACAUGUGAAAGUGCUAGAGAAGACUAAAGUUCUAAAAACCACAAUUUCAGUGCUCAGGAAAAGAGAUUCCAACCAAUUUCAUACAGUGAAAUUAGAUUAAAAAACAAGGCAUGUUUACUUUCGAUCUUCAAACUAAAAGCAUUCGCUGUCUGCACACCACAGUUUUACUAGAGAUGUGAUGAUGGUUUUUUAAAUGUUUUACAUGGCACUGGGCAAUGUUCUUAAUCAAGCUGUGCUACUGUGGUUUAGGACAGUAACAGGAAUUCACAUCAGUUUUUGCUGAUAUUGCUACUUUAGAAUACGGGGAUAGAAAAAAGUAAAAGAGAUACAAAUGAAAUUGUAAUAAACUUUAAAUCAGCGACCUGAAGUCGCUAACUAAAAACAUGUCCUAGCUUAACUUUUGCUUUAAAAAAAAGGCAUAUUUCUCCAACAAAGUGAUUGUUUCCAUAUGUCUUGCUUGCUUCAGUGCUGUUGUGCAGUUAAUGUUGUGAUGUCAUGGCUCAAACUUUCCAUCUCAAGUUCUCAUUUAACUCAGUUGGAGCAGCCUGGAAUCUUUUACGAUGCCACCUUACCAAACUGCUGUGAGUACUGGAGCUGCUUUAUUGAGCUAUAAAAAUAUGGUGAACUCCAAAUUGAAGAAAGCAGACGAAUGAAGCCACAAAUAGUUCCUAGCUCUUUACAUACCACUAAAGCAUUCUGCCUAUGGGUUUGAUCCUGAGUGGAGAAGAGGGCCCUUCACUUUCCCUUUUUACUUUAAAUGGAGCUGGAAGACCACAGCCCCUUUCAAGAGGUGCUUUAAUAUGUUCCUACUGAUAUAACCCUACAUUCAGGCAAAACUCCUGUGGAUGUCAGCAGUUUUGCUUGAGCAAGGACUGCAGGGUUGGCCCAUAUGUCUGAAGCCUGAUUGUGCUGUAACUAGAGAAGAACUUUCCUAGAUGAAUGUUAAUGAAUGAAACAGUAUGCACAGACACAGCCUCCAUUUCUUUCUGAAUCACCCGGCUCAGGAACUGAAUACAGAACUGGAAAAUAUAUAGUAAAGCUAAGGAGCAAAACUGAUGCUUAAAGGAGACUUUGAACUGAAGUCAAACUAAAUCUAUAAAACCAAUAAACACUGUUUUUGAAGAGAUGGCUACAAUAAAUUGAACUGAGUCAAAGGCCAGAGGAAAUGGAGAGAAAGUUAGUGUUCAUUCUACUUGCUGCAGUUUUGAUCUUUACUGAAAUGUUUAUGGUAUGAAGUAUUGUAUAAGAAAUAUGUAUACACAAAUACAUGACAAUUAUACGUUAAUUUUUUUUACAAUAUUAAAUGUAUAAUAUACAAUUCUACAGAUAUCUUACAUAGAAAGGUAAUGUAGUGCCAUCUUUUCAAAUAUUGGCAGUACCUAGCAAUUUUAUUUAGUGUGUCAAACAAGUAUAAAACCAUGAAAUAAAGUAACUUUAAUAAUCUUUAAAGUAGACAGAUUUGGCCAAAUGUCUGUCAACAGUUCUGCUAAGGCAGUAGUAGGCCACUAAGCUAAGAUUUGUAUGAGUGAUUUAUGAUUCUGGGUGACUAAUCUGAGACAAUUUGAAGAGUUUCAGAGGGCAGGCAUGUACUCCAUUUUCCAAAAAUCUUUGACUCCACGUACAGUCUCCAACAUAGGCACCCAAAAAUCACUAGACACUUGAAAAAUUCAGUAUUAAACUUCAGGUCCUAAUUUCUGCCCAUGUAAUCAGAUGGCAAUAGAGAAACAGAAAUGUCAAAUACUGCUGAUUUUAAUACUCUGUCCCUUUCUCUAUACAGAUGUACUUAUGCAUCUAAAAACAGUUUAAUUAAAAUUCAGCAUCUACAAAAGUAUUCUAUAAGUUAUUGUGGGAGAAACUAAAUUGCGACUAAUACAUGAAUUAGUUAUUGAGGACCCAAUCAUGCUAAACAGCAGUAAACUGGAUUUGGCAGAAUGCUAUUUAUAUACUUGCACCUGCAAACACAGAACUGUCUCCUGAGUUAAGGAAGCUGAAUAAGUCAGAAGAUUGAUACUGUCUUUGUUAAAGGAACAGUAACCUCCUAUAAACAAAUGGCUUCUUUAUGGUUAAAAAUACACAGAUACAGGGCAGCUAUAAAAUCAGUACUUUAAUAGUUCAAAUUAAUAGAAGAAAAAAUAUCUAAAUAAAACCUGACUUGCUCCUGUCAGAAAGAAGGAUGGGUCUUUAUCAACCUUUGUAAAAAUUCCAGGGCCAUGAAGAGUAAGGGGUGUCCAAAAUGUUUAACAUCUGCUCCUGAAUGUUUGUUUUAAAUAUGUUUAGUAAAAAGGAUGACUAAGGGUAAUAGAACAUGCUUGGCAGAACCACCCCUCCACUAAUGAUGCAAAACACAGAAACUGAGAGAAGAAAACAAAACUGCCAUCUCAAAGGAACUAUGACUCCACGUUUGGGGCCUGUGCUAUACCAUUAGAUUUCAGAUGGCCAUAUUAAAAAAUUCAUUUUGUGCUUCCAGAUCCCUAUUUUUGCACAUAUUAGCCACAACUAGUCCGCAAUUAAAAUACUGAGCACCAGAUGAUUAAGUUGGUCCUUUUCUCAUUUUGUAUUCUGUACACAGAGUUAUUUCAAUUGUCAAUGUUGUAUAAAAAUAAGCCAUUUGCUAGCACAAAUGAGUUACAAUCACAGAAACAGAAACAUAACAUAAAUCUAUGGAGGUGUAAAGUACAUCUGAUAUGAGAGAAAUGUGGCAUUCAGACAGGAAAGAUAACUCAGUGCAGUUUUUAAGGUACCAUCUUCCUUUUGGUGGACCUUACUUCG